UUUGUGUACGACGAUUUCACAUCACUAAGCUGCAGCCCUCUCUUGUCUUCCUGAAUAAAAUACUACUACUGCAACUCACGUAAGCAGACCCAAUCACUCCCCCAUACCGCCCCGCCCCCCCCCCUCCUCCUCCUGCUCAACAAAAACACCAAAAAAAAGAAAGAAAGAAAGGAAAACACAAAAUAGGAAAUUAAUAGCAAAAUAAAAUGGAAACGUGAAGGUGGGUUUGAUAAACCGCCAGAACAAAAUACUAUGUUAGAAAGUAGUAUUAGUGCCUGAAUACUGAUUAAUAGUAGUAAUAGAUACUGAGAGCUGGUAGAGAUAUGGAAUAUAUAUGUAUAUAUAAAUUGAGAGCAGAUAUUCUGAUAUUAUCAUAAGAGGGUGGUGUCAGAGUCUUGAUUGUCAUUCUCAGCGUAACUAUGGAGGAAUCGCCCGGAUUGGCCCGAAACUUAGCAGAGUUGAGGCAAACUUUCCGGAGUGGAAAAACCAGAGGCCUCGAAUGGAGAAAGGCCCAGCUCAGAGCUAUUCUCAAACUCCUUGAUGAGAACGAAGACAGCAUUUUUGAUGCGCUUCAACAAGAUCUGGGCAAGCAUCCCGUUGAAUCUUAUCGCGAUGAAGUUGGUGUUCUGAAGAAAUCAGCCAAGUACGCUUUGGCCUCUGUUGAGAAAUGGAUGGCUCCCAAGAAGGGCCAAAUGCCAUUGCUCUUUUUCCCAGCAAGAGCAGAAGUAUUACCUGAGCCACUUGGCCUAGUAUUGGUCCUUGCUUCUUGGAACUUUCCUAUCUCACUGGCUUUGGACCCAGUGAUUGGGGCAAUAUCUGCAGGAAACACAGUGGUCUUGAAACCUUCAGAGCUAUCGCCUGCAUCCUCUUCUUUUCUUGCUAAUACAAUCCCCCGUUACUUGGACUCAGCAGCACUAAAAGUCAUUGAAGGUGGACAUGAUGCAGCUGAACAACUACUGCAGCAGAAGUGGGACAAGAUAUUCUUUACUGGGAGUUCACGAGUAGGACGCAUAAUCAUGGCCGCAGCUGCAAAUCACUUAACACCUGUAACUCUAGAGCUUGGGGGAAAAUGUCCAACCAUCCUCGAUUCUCUCUCCAUUUCAGAUUUAGAGGUGGCCAUUAAGAGAAUAGUUGGUGGCAAGUGGGGACUGUGCAGUGGACAGGCAUGCAUAGGGAUUGAUUAUGUUCUCGUGGAAGAGAAAUUUGCUUCAAUCCUGGUUGAGUUGUUGAAGAAGUGCAUCAAAGCUUUUUUUGGUGACAGUAUGCCAAACUUGAAGAAUCUUUGUAGGAUUGUCAGCAAAAGCCACUUUGAUAGAGUUAGCAAUCUUCUUGGGGACCCCAGAGUUGCAGCAUCCAUUGUUCACGGUGGUUCAUGGGACGAACAAAAUUUGAUGAUUGAACCAACCAUCUUGUUGGAUCCUCCUCUUGAUGCUGAUAUAAUGUCUGAAGAGAUAUUUGGUCCUCUGCUGCCAAUCAUCACAUUGAAUAAAAUUGAGGAAAGCAUUGAGUUUAUAAACUUGAGACCAAAACCGCUUGCCAUCUAUGCUUUCACAAAGAAUGAAAGAUUCAAAAAAAAGCUUUUAUCUGAAACAUCAUCCGGAAGCAUAACCUUCAAUGAUGCAGUCGUCCAGUUUGUGGCCGAUUCAUUACCAUUUGGUGGUGUUGGUCAGAGUGGUUUUGGAAGGUAUCACGGCAAGUACUCUUUCGAUACCUUCAGCCAUGAAAAAGCAGUUCUGCAGAGGAGCUUUUACCUUGAAUUGGAACCAAGGUAUCCUCCAUGGAAUGAUUUUAAGCUGGAUUUCAUCAAAUUGGCUUAUAAAUUUGAUUACCUGGGGUUAUUACUGCUGUUGUCGGGAUUGAGAAGGAUAUUCAAGCGAUCAAACUAGAAGAGAAAGAUCAAAUGAGACAGUAAGAGCGGCUGCACUGCUCUUCUGGCAACCGAUAAAAUUAUAGUUAAAGCAAAACCAUUGAUAGGAUUAAUUGCUGCAAAUUCUGUCAAAUUAUGCAGAACUCAUCGACUUGUAAACAACCAUAAAACCAUACGACCGUACUACCAGAAAUGUUAUGCUGCUGCUUCAGUCAGGAAACCAUGUUCUACUUGUAUCAGGACGCAUUUCCAGCUCAGUAAUACCAUCUGAGUGACUCUUGUAUAAUGCAUAUUCAAAUGCUUCGUUUGUCAAUACUUUCAAA